GAAUCCUCCCGUUGACGUCAAUCAUGACAUAAUUUAUACACUGUCUCUGCCUACGCUACGCUUUCAUUCACAGCUGUAUUAGUUCAAAGGUGGGAUCGCUUGGCAUCGUCUAGGCAGCAAAAAUAAUUUUCUCUCUGCGAUCUCAAAAUAGCUGUUAACAAGAAUGCGAGACCAUCAUAGAAUUAUGUUUCAGUCAGUGAUAGGCUUGUUCUUUGUAGCUUUGGUUAGUUUAACAGAAGGAGCUGUCGAGAAGGACGAUUUCAACUAUGUCCACCACGACUAUGAUUCAACAAUCCGACUGCUUCAAGAAGUCAACUCGAAAUGUCCCGAAAUCACCAGACUCUACAACCUUUCAGAGCCUUCAGUCCAAAAUCGUUCUCUCAUUGUAAUCGAGAUCACAGAACAUCCAGGCACCCACGUCGUUGGAAAACCUGAGUUCAAGUAUGUGGGUAAUAUGCAUGGAAAUGAGGUAGUGGGCAAGGAACUUCUGCUGCGGCUUGUGGUUUACCUCUGCGAUGAAUAUCUGAAGAAUAAUGAGCUAAUCAGGUUUUUGCUUCAAAACACCCGUCUGCACAUUAUCCCAACCAUGAACCCUGAUGGCUGGGAAAGGGCCUCUGAGGAUUUCAAGACAAAUGGGACUGUUGGAUGGCUGACUGGUCGAUCAAACUACAAUAAUGUAGACCUCAACCGUAAUUUCCCAGACUUGAACAAGGUGAUAUAUGAACAUGAGCGCACAGGAAAAGGUCCAAACAAUCACCUUUCGAAGCUUCAGAAAGCCCUGGAACUUGACAAAGAUCUUCAGCCUGAGACCCGUGCUGUGAUGAAAUGGUUGUCAGACAUUGGCUUUGUCUUGUCUGCAAAUCUUCAUGGAGGUGACCUUGUAGCUAACUAUCCUUAUGAUGAAACACGCACUGGUGAUUCAAAGAGAUAUACAGCCUGCCCUGAUGAUGGUACCUUUCAGUACUUAGCUGAGUCUUAUUCCUUCUUACACAAAAAAAUGGCUGAUCCUAAUCGCAAGCCUUGUGACAGAAUGGGAGGUGAUAACUUUGGCAAGCAGGAUGGUAUUACAAAUGGGGGUGCCUGGUAUUCAGUUGGCCGAGGCAUGCAAGACUACAACUACCUGGAGACCAACUGUUUUGAGAUUACUCUGGAGCUUGGCUGUGACAAGUUCCCUCCAGCUGAUCAGCUGAAAAGCUUGUGGGAGGACAAUGGAGCAUUGCUAAACUUUAUGCUUCAGACCCAUAUUGGAAUUAAAGGAGUUGUGACAGACACAUCUAACAAGGUGAUCUCAGGUGCUGAAAUCAAAGUAACAGAUCUGCAGACUGGAAAGCCUAUUGAUCAUGACAUACUCUCUUUGACAGAUGGAGACUACUACCGUUUGUUGAAGAAUGGUGACUACAUGGUGACUGUAAAAGCCACUGGAUACCACCCAGCCAUAAAAUGUGUGACUGUGAAAAAUGUCAUGUUUGUUGGCUCUGGCAUUCUGAAAGAGGCUCAAAAGCUAGAUUUCCAGCUUACUCCUAGCAGUGAACCCAAUCCAGAAGAUAUUACUGCUGUGUCUUACUGCCGCAAUCUUGCCAGCAAGCAGAAAACGGAGCAGGAGGAGGAAGAGGAAUUGCAGGAUGUUGCAGAGGAUAGUCGAGAGAGAGAGAUUCUGCUGGAGCUGCUUAUGUACCUGGACAGCCGAGUGGACUGGCUUCACCUUGGUCAUCUGUUUUCAACUGCUGACCUUUACAGUGCACUUACCCUUGAGCUGGACCAGCUGGAGCCAAAAGAGAGGAGUGUCCUCAUGCAGCAAAUACAAGCAGCACUGAAAAAGGAUACAAAAGUUUAAAGGGAACAUGUGUCCUGUGAUUAUAUUGUCACCUAGAAAUUACAUGGUUUCUGACUCUGUUAUCUUAAAACAAGGAGGAGGAAAGCAAAUGAUAAGGGGAGGGGGGUAAAAUGAAAAAUGAUGGAGAGUGACAUUUAUGGAUUAAAUGGUUGUAAAGAAUGAAUAAAACGUGAAUAAUGGGCAUGAGAAUAAUAAUAUAAAAAAGGAAGUUAAAGAAUCAAGCUGGAAAAGAAGCAGUAACUAGGAAUGACAAAACAGCAUAAAAACAUGUCCUUGAAUAAGCCUGUCAACACCAAAUCUAGCAUAAAUUAAAAAAUGUUUUAAAUGUAGAUUUGUUUCAGAUUUUUUAUUUUCUGUACAAGAAACUAUAUCUUCAUUUCUUUUCAAAGAGAAAUUUGUGCUUAAAGAACAAAUUUACAUGUGGGUAUAGGAGUACUUGAAGUAAGCAUUCGGUAACACUCUUAGAACAAAAAAUCAGGGAUGUAAAAGAUGAGGAGAAAAUAUUUUUGAAAAUUCCAUGGGCCAUGUAUUUAUCCUGCUGUGUUAAAAUUUAGUCUCUCAUUAUUAUGAAUUGUGGAUGGAGUUUAUCUAGUCUGUGUUUGUUUGUAGCAGUCUUAUAUAUUUAUGUAAAGAUUAAAAGGAAGCAGUUUUCAUCUUUACUGGCUUGGGCAAAAGAUUGGGAAAGCAUUGGUAUAGUGGAAGAAUUGACCAAGCUGAGAUAGACAAUCCAGGACAGAUUGAAAUUUAUGUUUUUGUAGAAUGCAUUUUCAUUAAAAAGAAAGUUACUUUCUUUUAUGAAGAUUUAUAAUUAUAUUUAAUAACCAUACAAUUUUAAGAAUAUAUUUUAGACAAUUUUAUCAAUAAAAACUUCAGUUGAAAGGAAUUUUGACUAUGAUCAUGGGAAAGUAACAUUUAUUAGAAAUCAGAUAAAUAAAAUAAAAUCUUUAUUCCAGAUACAGAAGACAAUGUUGGAAAAAAUGUGAUAAUAUCUUGGUUCUAGAUUAGUCAUAGAAAGCAUGACAUUUAGAAUUUUAAAAAGCCAAAGACUAUAAAAUACAUGCUCACUAUUCAUUUGUAAGUGUAAUUUUACUUUUGUACUUCAAGCUUGCACAGAAUUCCUGCAUAGUUGGUGGACAUUUUUUUCUUUCUUGCAUUCCAUAAUGAAGGGCCUUCUGAGCUAACUAGUAAUACUAGCCUUAAUAUUUUGCAGUAUUGAAUCUAUUGCCAACAGUAUUUACUUUUUUCUGUUAGUGGUAUAAAACCAUUUUGCUUUAGCUUGAUGCUUGUAGUUUUUCAAAAGUCACAUUCCAAAUACAACUCAAAUGUAAUUUAAGGUAGAAUGCAGUGCAGAUGUUUUCCUGUUACUUUAGAGUUGGAGAAGAGUUGCUUUUUUUGUUGUUCUUUUUUAAAUCUGUUAAGACUUUUCAUAUUUGUUUCAAGUAAUCAAAUACUGAAACUCCACUUGCAUGUUUGCAUGUGUUUGAGUUCAUGCUACGAAUGUGUGUGCAUGCAUAUGUUGGGGAUAAGCCAUAUCCACUCAAACACACAUAUUUAAUUUACUUUAAAAAGACAGCAGAAUGUUUCUAUAUUUUUUAAAGGAAAAAUAGAAAUCAGGGAUUGUUUGCUUAUCAUUCUUGAUCUUGUUAAAUAUUAAGAAAAAUAAUAUUUAGUUUUCAUUAUUCUCAUUAUUCUUUUUUUUAUGCAGACAAUUGAGAUAUUUUAGAUUUUUACACUUUGUAGCUUUUUCUCAAGGCCUUCUGCUAGGCAGUGUCUUAUUCGAAAGUUUUUUAAUUAUUCCAAACUGUUAUAUACAUUCCCUGGAAUCAGUCUAGUGUUGUGUCCAAACUUUUAACCUUUAUUUAAAAAUAUAUAUAUAUAUGAAAUGGUCCUCAAUCACAUUCCUAUUACUGUUUUUUCCUAUUUAUUGAUAGGGUAUUUGUGUACAAAAUCACCUUGGAUGUUGACAGUACAUCAGGUAGUCCCCGAUCUUGCCUGUACAUUUCUCUGUUUUUAUUUUUUUUCUGUUAAUAUCAAUUUUAUUCUAUGCUAAUGUGUCUGUCAAACAAAUCAAUGUCCCUACAGACACCAUCAUUCCUUUCUUGUUUGCUGCACUGGUGUCAAAAAAAUAUUUUUUCUUUUUUAGUAUGAGAAUAUGUUACAUGAUAUACUGAUCUUCACAAAAUUCGCUAUACAGAGAUUAAUACUUUCAAAUGUUAUGUUGCAGCAAUAUUGGCAAAUCCUGAUUGUCUCAGGUGAACUUGGAUGGUUUCAGAAUCCAAAUCCAAAAAUUGUACAGUUUUAAUUAUUAAAUGAACUUACAUUAUUUCUUUUGUUGAUAUCAGAUUACUAAAUAAUUUAAAAGUACAAUCUGAUGAACAUGAUUAUAACAAUCUAUUGUUUAAAAAGAAACAUUUACCCAGUUGGUUGCAAAAAACAAAAACAUAGCUGUUCUGGGAAAAUACAUUUAUACAUUCAAAUAUUUAAGGGCUGGUUUGGGGGGGAUCAGGAAAUUAAUAAGUGCAAUAUUAAGUUGAGAAAUCCACAAUCUUUAUUUUUGUGUAUUAUGUGCUACAUUUGUUAUUAUAUAUUGGGUUGCCGGAAAAGACAUGACAUAUUUUUCUAUAUUUUUUUUAUAGGGACAUUUAUUUAUGUAAAGAACAAUGAUUAAUUAAUGAUAUAUUGCCCGUUUUGUUCAAUACCUUUUUGCCAUCUUUCAGUGAGCUUAAUAAUUCCUUAGAGUAUAAGGACCUGUCUUGAUCGACAGAAAACUGAACAAGGUGUUGAUUUACAGCCUUAUCUGAAUUGAACGUUAUACCACACAAGGAAUUUUGAAGAGAGCGAAACAAGUCGAAGUCUGACGGCACAAAGUCAGGCGGGUUUGGUGGGUGUGGCAACAUCCCAUCUAACUUUUGACUUGUGUGUGGUCUUACGAGCAUCACUCCUUUACGAUUUCUGGAUGAUGGAGUCGUUCGAACUGUCCAAUUGCUGACAGUACAUAUUUGAAUUGAUUGUUUGGUUCCCUCAUAGGAGCUCGAAAAAACUGUGCACCAUAUUCCACCGCAGAGAUAUUCCAUAUUCCACCUUUCUCGGAGGAGUGUCUGCUUUCGAUAUCGUUUGAGGCGAAUCAUCUUGUCGGGACCAAGACCGUUUGUGCACCACUUUGUUGUAAACAAUCCACUUCUCAUCACCAGUUAUCAGUCUCUUCAAAAAAGAGCAAAAUUUUUUACGUUUAUUGAGAAUAUCGCAGAUGUUUACACGCGCCGUGAAAUGAGCGUCUUUCAGUUCACGAGGAACCCAUAUAUCGAGCUUGUUUACGUAUCCCAGCUUAUUCAGGUGGUCGUAAACGUUUGAAUAAUAAAUGCCUUUACCAUGACUUCAUCAUCCUCGCUGCACCUCAUUGUUUCAUUUAGAAUGAAGCUAGAACAGUCAGCUGUCACAUGACAUACAAUAACUUAUAGAUGUGAAUAACCCUGGUACUUCCAAAAAUGAACUAGCGCCAUCUAUUGCAAAAAUACGUCAUGACUUUUCCGAAAACUCGGCAUAUACAAAUUUUAUUUAUUACAAAUGUUGAAGUGUAAGUGUUAAAAAAAUGACCUGAUAUUCCAUGUUGUAAGUUUUGUGCAAAUUCUUAAGUACCUUUGUGCAUAUGUCUUUAAAAUUAUUGUUGUUGUUUUGUUUUGUUUACGCAACGGUUAGCGCCUGUCACCAAUGCAGUGAAGAUUGGCUGUUCAGGGUUCAGCUCUUGUCUCAGGCACGCUGUUCUUUCUCUGCAUGUGACAUCUAUUUACUGGCAGACUUGCCGUGAUAUAACUUUAGUUACUGUCUUGGAGUAAAAAAAAAAUACCCUCUCCCCCUUGCUUAAAAACAUGCAGUAUACAAAGUUUUAUUCUUCGUUAAGACAUAGGUUUUGACUGGCUUUGCUCCAGUGGCUGUUGAGGUAUCCACUGAAAAUCAAUAUCAAAAUCAAAAGUGAUAAUUUAGACAGCUUUUGGAUUAAUCAUGUCAGCUAUGAAGUCAAUCUUUUUGAGGCAGCAAGGAAUUGAAAAUAAACCAAGUAAAGAUUACAUUUCAUUAAGAAUUGUUAGACAAUCAUGGAAUUAAUACUGGAAUUCCAUUUAGCAUCCACUUAUGAUCACAGCUGAACUAUACAUUGUCAGAUCAAAUGUUAUUUGCUUUUUAGCAUUACUGUGAUCACAGAUUGUUUGUGUAUGCAUCCAUUGUGCUAAAGUACACAGGAUAGAUGAGAAAGGUAAUGAAGGCAGGCUCCCAAAGACAUAGCAGCUUAUAUUAUGUUUGUAUCCUGUGUACUUUGCACUAUAUGAUAUCUUGUUAGAUGGCAUGUAGCCUCUGUAUAAAAAUACCUGUACAAUCAAGUAGUAGAUUGUGACUAUUUUGAUACAUUUUGUUUUAUUUUGACAGAAUUUUCCAUUUAAAACAGGAAGUAGGUGUAGACAGUGAAGGCCUUGGAUUUUCUGCAGGAUUGUGAAUAUGAUUGUCAAGUAUAUGAGGAACAAAAAUCUCAAUGGCGUUAGGAUCUCACUUGUUUUCUUGUUCUUGUUCUUUUGAUAGACCUGUAUUAUAAUAUGAACUAAUGUAAACCUUUGAGCUUCUUAUUGACAUCUUUCUAUUAAAGUAAAACAUUUUUGCCAUGUCCAUCUGUCCACAGGAAAAUGUUUGUAAACACUUUGAAAGGGAAACGAACAGGUAUGUUGUUCUGGAAAGAUGGUACAUGUAUAGCACAUUCCAGUCACAAUACAAUGCCCCCUGACCACUGUUGUUUUGUGAAAUAAAAUAAUCUUUGAGAACCUU